AUGGCCCGCUGCCGCUGGGGCGCGCUGCUGUGGGUGUGCGUGGUGGCGGCCGCCCUGCUGCACGCGGGCGGCCUGGCCCGCGCCGACUGCUGGCUGAUCGAGGGCGACAAGGGCUUUGUGUGGCUGGCCAUCUGCAGCCAGAACCAGCCGCCCUACGAGGCCAUCCCGCAGCACAUCAACAGCACCAUCGUGGACCUGCGGCUCAACGAGAACCGCAUCCACAGCGUGCAGUACGCCGCGCUCAGCCGCUUCGGCAACCUCACGUACCUCAACCUCACCAAGAACGAGAUCGCCUACAUCGAGGACGGCGCCUUCUCGGGCCAGUUCAACCUGCAGGUGCUGCAGCUGGGCUACAACCGGCUGCGCAAUCUGACAGAGGGCGCGCUGCGCGGCCUGGGCAAGCUGGAGUACCUGUACCUGCAGGCCAACCUCAUCGAGGUGGUCACGCCCGGCGCCUUCUGGGAGUGCCCCAACAUCGUCAACGUCGACCUGUCCAUGAACCGCAUCCAGCGGCUGCACAGCGCCACCUUCGCGGGCCUGCCGCGCCUCUCCGCCUGCGAGCUCUACAGCAACCCCUUCUUCUGCUCCUGCGACCUGCUGGGCUUCCUGCGCUGGCUGGCCGUCUUCACCAAUGCCACGCAGACCUACGACCGCAUGCAGUGCGAGGCACCGCCGCCCUACGCCGGCUACUUCCUGCUGGGCCGGGGCCGCCACGGCCAGCGCAGCAUCCUGGGCACGCUGCAGUCCGUGUGCACCGACGGCGACGAUGCGCCCGAGCCCCGCCCGCCGCCCGAGCGGCCGCUGCCCGGCCGCGCGCCGUCCCCGCCGCCGCCGCCUGAGCCCAGCGAGGGCCCCUGCGCCGACGAGGACUGCUUCUCCGGCGACGGCACCACGCCGCUGGUGGCCCUGCCCACGCUGGCCACCCAGGCCGAGGUGCGCCCCCUCAUCAAGGUCAAGCAGCUGACGCAGAACUCGGCCACCAUCACGGUCCGGCUGCCCAGCCCGUUCAACCGCAUGUACACGCUGGAGCACUUCAACAACAGCCGGCCGUCCACCGUCUCGCGGCUGACCAAGCCGCAGGAGGAGAUCCGUCUGACCAACCUGUACACGCUCACCAACUACACCUACUGCGUGGUGUCCACCAGCUCCGGGCUGCUCCACAACCACACCUGCGUCACGCUCUGCCUGCCCAAGCCGCCCAGCCCGCCGGGCCCCGCGCCCAGCCCCUCCACGGCCACGCACUACAUCAUGACCAUCCUGGGCUGCCUCUUCGGCAUGGUGCUGGUGCUGGGCGCCGUCUACUACUGCCUGCGCAAGCGGCGGCGCCAGGAGGAGAAGCACAAGACGGCGGCCGCGGCCGCGGCGGCCGGCAGCCUGAAGAAGACCAUCAUCGAGCUCAAGUACGGGCCGGAGCUGGAGGCGCCCGGCCUGGCCCCGCUGUCCCAGGGCCCGCUGCUGGGCCCCGAGGCCGUGACCCGGCUACCCUUCAUGCCGGCCGCCGGCGGCGAGGCGGAGCCGUACAAGCUGGGGGAGAGCGAGACGCCCAAGGCCAGCAAGGGCACCUACCUGGAGGUGCGCACGGGGGAGCCGGCUGAGCGCAGGGACUGUGACCUGGGCCGCCCCGGCCCCGACAGCCAGGGCUCCGUGGCCGAGAUCUCCACCAUCGCCAAGGAGGUGGACAAGGUCAACCAGAUCAUCAACAACUGCAUCGACGCGCUCAAGUCCGAGGCCGCCGCCUUCCCGGGCGGCAAGUCGGGGGCUGUGGCCAGUGCUGAGCCCCCGCUGGUGCUGCUGUCCGAGCCGCGGGCCGGCAAGCAGGGCUUCCUGUCGCCCGCGUACAAGGACGCCUUUGGCCACGGCCUGCAGCGCCACCACAGCGCGGAGGCGGCGCCCGGGGCCCCGCGCACCAGCACCUCGUCCAGCGGCUCCACGCGCAGCCCCAGGGCCUUCGGCACCGAGGCCCCUGGCGCGCACAAGGCCGCCGCUGAGGCCAAGUACAUCGAGAAGAGCUCCCCCGGGGCCGACGCCAUCCUCACUGUGACGCCCACGGCCGCCGCGCUGCGGGCUGAGGCCGGCCGCCCGUACGGCGAGCACCGGCACUCCUACCCCGGCUCCCACGCCCCCGAACCGCCCGCGCCGCCCGCGCCCCCGCCCCACGAGGGCCUGGGCGGUCGCAAGGCGUCCAUCUUGGAGCCGCUGACCCGGCCGCGGCCCCGCGACCUGGCCUACUCACAGCUGUCCCCGCAGUACCGCCACCUGAGCUACACCGCUAGCCCCGAGUACACCUGCCGGGCCUCCCACAGCAUCUGGGAGCGCUUCCGCCUGAGCCGCCGGCGGCACAAGGACGACGAGGAGUUCGUGGCGGCCGGCCACGCGCUGCGCAAGAAGGUCCAGUUCGCCAAGGACGAGGACCUGCACGACAUCCUGGACUAUUGGAAGGGCGUGUCGGCCCAGCACAAGUCCUGA